GCGCGCACUCUCGCUCUCCCUCGCUACUCGAUCUCCACAAUGCGCGCCGCCCUGAAGCUCUCCCGACGCCUGCGCGUACCCGCCGCACACAUUACGCGCGCCCAGUCCACGGCCGCAGCCCCCGCGUCGCUUGCCGCGUCCUGGGACCGCCCUUUCCCCUCCAUUCUGGUUUCCGCCGACGGAGUCUCGGCCCAGGGCUCGUUCGCCGAGGCGCAGGCCAACUACCUCAAGCCCGACAUGCAGGUGGUCGAGGAGCUGGACGCGCUGCUCCACGAGAAGAAGAUGGGCAUUGUCGCGCACUUCUACAUGGACCCGGAGCUGCAGGGCAUCCUCUCGUCGCUCAAGUGGCCGCACACGUUCAUUGCCGACUCGCUGGCCAUGGGCGAGGCCGCCGCCAAGAUGGCCAAGAAGGGCAUCCAGUCGGUGGCCGUGCUGGGCGUCGACUUCAUGUCUGAGAGCGUUCGCGCCAACCUGGACUCGAACGGCUUCGAGCACAUCCCCGUGUACCGCCUGGCCGAGCAGAAGAUUGGCUGCAGUCUGGCCGAGUCGGCAGAGAAGCAGGCGUACCUGGCCUACCUGACGAAGGCCGCCAAGACGCCCAACAGCCUGCACAUCGUGUACAUCAACACGUCGCUGCGCAGCAAGGCGUUCGCGCACGACCUCGUGCCCACGAUCACCUGCACGUCCUCCAACGUGGUGCAGACGGUCUUGCAGGCGUUUGCGCAGGUGCCGGACAUCAACGUCUGGUACGGCCCCGACACGUACAUGGGUGAGAACCUGCAGCAGAUGUUCGAGCACAUUGCGCAGCUCCCCGACGACAAGAUCCGUCAGAUCCACCCGCAGCACAACCGCCAGACCAUAGCCGAGCUGCUCACGCGCUUCGACUACUUCAAGGAGGGGAACUGUGUGGUGCACCACAUGUUCGGCGACAAGGUGACCCAGCGCGUGCGCGACGAGUACAGCCACGCCUACCAUACGGCGCACUUCGAGGUGCCCGGCGAGAUGUUCACGCUGGCGAUGGAGGCGCAGAACGAGGGCCGCGGUGUGGUGGGAUCGACGUCGAACAUCCUUAACUUCAUCAAGGCCAAGACGGCGGAGGCUGUCCAGAACCAGUCAGGAGAGAAGCUGAGCUUCGUGCUGGGCACGGAGGCCGGCAUGAUCACUGCCAUCGUGCGCGGUGUGCAGGAGACGCUGAACGCGCAGCCGGGUGGUGUCAAGCCGGAGGUCGAGAUCAUCUUCCCCGUGUCGGCGGAUGCUGUCGCUACGGAAGGUGAGGAGCUGGUGCCUGGUGUCGCCGGCGGCGAGGGAUGCUCGACUGCUGGUGGCUGCGCCACCUGCCCGUUCAUGAAGAUGAACGACAUCGAUGCUCUGUUCUGCGUGGUCGAAGGCGUGUCGGCGAACGCGACUGGCGCCGACCCGCUGGAGAACUUCUACCCUCAGAAGUACAGCGAGCUGAUCCAGGGCAAGACCGUCACGGACGUCGGUGUGCAGCCGAUUCUGCACAUGAAGUCCUUUAUGGACGGACAGAAGUUUUCAGAUGCCCUUGUGAAGGAUAUCCAGACCCGGACACCCGGCGCUGGAUGCCCGAGCUCGAACUAAGCGCGGGCUCAAAUGUAAUCUGCGCUGUAUUUCAAAGAUAAUGUUACCGUUCUUGACUCGG